AUGAGUAACUUAGAACGUGAUGAUAAAGAAUUUUUUGAAGCAAGUUCACCACCUCAACCUCAAACUUCCAUAACUGACCCAAAUGUACCUAUUAGUAUGUCACAAGAAUUAACACCUUUUCAACGUAUGUUUUCUAAACCAAAUCUCCCACCUCAACCUCAACCAUCAUUACAAGAACCUAUACCAAAAUUGACACCAUUUCAAAGGAUGUUUUCCAAUCAAAUUCCAUCACCUCAACCAAAGGUUCAACGUCCUGUUCCUCAACUAAGACCGUUUCAUUUUCAGCCCAUAUUUUCACAUCCAAUUCCACCACCUCAACCGCUAAUUCCACAGCCUCAACGAUCAAUCUUGUAUUUUCCUCCUGGGCCAUCACAUCCUCCUCCUCCUUCUCCACCUCAUCAACCUCCCCGUGUUCGUGCUCGGCUUAACCCACUAAGUGAAAAAAGCGAAACCAUCCCUAUACCUUUUCCAUGGGCUACUAAUCGAAGAGCAAAGCUUCACAGUUUGCAUUAUCUCCGCCAAAAUGGAAUAGUUAAUAUCACUGGAGAAGUCCAAUGCAAGAGAUGCGAUACUAUAUUUGAAAUGUCAUUUGACGUGACAGAGAAGUUUCCUAAACUCUGGACAUAUAUUCUCGAAAACAGACAAUUCAUGAACGAUAGGGCGCCACCAAAUGUAUGGAUGAAUCCAACGUUGCCGGACUGUGUGCAUUGUAAUCAAGAAAACUGUGUAAAACCAAUCAUCGCUAAGAAGAAAAAGAAUAUCAAUUGGCUGUUUCUGUUGCUAGGUCAAUUGCUUGGCUGUUGCAACCUUGCCCAAUUGAAAUAUUGCUGCAAACACACAAACAAUCAUCGAACCGGCGCAAAGGAUAGAGUUCUUUAUUUAACCUAUCUCGCACUCUGCAAGCAACUUGAUUCUACCGGACCUUUUAAUCUUUAA